GGCGUGGCAACGGCGACGGCGUGGGUUCGCCUGUGUGACACAAUUACAACAACUUUAAUCUGCUGGCGAACACAACUUUGAGAUUGUUUGAAUACGUUCAGUGUUUGUAAGUGUGCACGCGCCGCACGUCACAUCAACACAGAGCCGCCGCGUCACAGUUUAUUCCUGCAAAACAAUGUGAGAGGACGCGCCGCUGGAGGGCCAGCUCACUUCUCACGGGGAUCCAGACGCUGAAGCGCGGUUCACUGGAGAAAAAGUUAGCGUUUAUUGUGGCUUUUGGACGCACGGAGCUCGCCUUCCCUCGAUUUCUCGGUGCGAUUCCAUGAAAUCGUGCCGAGAGUCGCUCUCCGUCGCCGCCGCUCGACGCCUCAGCGCUGCUGGUGAUGAGGAGGAGAAAAUGGCGGCGGGAAAAGCGAGCGGACCCGAGGAGGACGCGCCGCGGCUGAGCGCGCAGGAGAGCGACGCCCUGACACGCGUCGACAGCUCUCUGUUCGGAUACCAGGGGCUUCAGGAAGAUGGCGCCAGUAUGAAGGCCCUGCUCGUUAAGGCUGUGCGCUGCUACGAGUCUCUCAUCCUGAAAGCGGAAGGAAAAGUGGAUCCAGAGUUCUUCUGCCAGCUGGGUCACUUCAACCUCUUACUGGAGGAGUAUCCGAAAGCGUUAUCAGCGUACCAGCGCUACUACAGUUUACAAUCAGACUACUGGAAGAAUGCUGCGUUUCUGUACGGCCUGGGGAUGGUUUACUUCCAUUACAAUGCGUUUCAGUGGGCGAUCAAGGCGUUUCAGGAAGUGCUGUACAUCGACCCCGGCUUCUCUCGCGCUAAAGAGAUCCAUCUGCGUCUCGGCCUGAUGUUCAAAGUCAACACGGACUACGAGUCUAGCUUAAAGCACUUUCAGCUGGCGCUCAUCGACUCCAAUCACUGCACUUUGUCCAGAGCAGAGAUUCAGUUUCACAUCGCGCAUUUAUACGAGAUCCAGAAGAGAUACCGUGCAGCUAAAGAGGCGUACGAGAGUCUCCUGCAGACGGAGGACUUACCUGCGCAGGUGAAGGCGGUCACCUUACAGCAGCUGGGCUGGAUGCAUCAUACGGUCGAGCAGCUGGGAGAUAAAGCUAAUAAAGACAGCUACGCCAUCCAGUGUCUCCAGAAAUCACUGGAAGCCGAUCCGAGCUCGGGUCAGUCCUGGUACUUCCUCGGCAGGUGCUACUCCAGUAUUGGGAAGGUCCAGGAUGCAUUCGUUUCAUACAGACAGUCCAUAGAUAAAUCAGAGGCCAGCGCAGACACGUGGUGCUCCAUCGGAGUGCUGUAUCAGCAGCAGAAUCAGCCCAUGGACGCUCUGCAGGCGUAUAUCUGUGCUGUGCAGCUGGAUCACAGUCACGCCGCGGCCUGGAUGGACCUGGGCACGCUCUACGAGUCCUGCAACCAGCCGCAGGACGCCAUCAAGUGCUACGUCAACGCCACGCGCAGCAGAACCUGCAGCAACACACCUGCGCUGGCGGCCCGCAUCAAAUAUCUGCAGGCUCAGUUCUGUAACCUCCAACACAAUAGUCUACAGAGUAAAAGUAAAAUGCUUCCUAGUAUUGAGGAAGCCUGGAGCCUCCCAAUCCCAGCAGAGCUAACGUCCAGACAGGGUGUCCAGAGCACAGGCCAGCAGGCGUGUAAAGCUCAGCCCGGGUCAUCCGGCUCCGGUCAGUCUCUGCCCCCCCACGUGAGUCCGCUGGAUCAGGCUGAUGGUCAGUCCAGUCCAGCCAAGAGGAAGAGGACCGCCAGCCCUGCCAAGAGUCCAGCACCGCCUCCAACGCCGAGCUGCAUCCUGUCUCCUCCGAAGCAGCAGUUGCUGGAGCAGUUGCGAGCGAACCGUUCGAGUCUGAAGCCGCUUCAGCUGCAGAUGUUGGAGCAGAUGGAGGCUCAGCUGUCAGCCGUGCACCAGCAACAGACCCGUAAAUUUACAGUUGGAUGUAAUUUUUACCUGCAGAUGAGGCAGAACUCUUCUGGGCAGAUUCGAGCCAGCCUCCCCAACGACCCCUCACUGCCUGCUCACCCUGUUCCUCGCGGCCCGUCCUGCAGCGCUCCAACGCUAGCCAACGGCCCGCUGCCCUCUUCAGUCGGCAAUAAUCAGACGCCAGGAGCCAGAGCGAACGGAGACGUGCCUUACCUGCACCCCAACACACUACCUCACAACUGCACAAGCCCAGGAGACACCAGGAAGAGCCAGCAUCUCAACUCCGCUCAGGGGCUUCAGAAAGGUCUGGGUUCACUUUGGGCAGGUCCUAAUGGAGACCGGACUCUCUCUUCCAGUGCUUCGGCCGACAGCGGCCCUCAUAAUCAGGUUGGACUUUCUACCACGACCCCAUCGGAGCACGCUGUCAAUCAUCUGUCUUCUCCUUCCUCCACGUCGUCCCCCGCUUCUUCCUCCUCACAAACGGCUACCUCAGGUGCGCCCCACGGCACCGUCCUGACCAAAGAGAGCGCCGCCCUGCAGGCCAACGGUUCCACUGCCACCGAACACCCCAGCCCUGACCGCUCGCCGCCGGCCGCUUCCGCAGACAAUCCACCGCUGUCUACGAGGAGUCCGGCCGCCGGCUCCAGGGCCAACCACAUCCACCGGGGCUCCAGCGCCUCCUCGCCCACCUCGUCCCCAUCGCCCCGCUGCGCCGCGUCAGCCGCCGUUAACGGGAGCGGAGGGGGAGCGUGUUCGGAGGACUCUCGGAGCCCUCUGAAGCUGGAGCCGCCGGAGCUCUGCAUCAAAGCAUCUCUCAAACCGUCUCACUCGUCCUCCACCGUCUCAAUUUACCCCACAUCCACAGACGUCCUGAAGGCCUGCAGGAAUCUGGGGAAGAACGGUCUGUCGAGCAGCAGUGUCCUGCUGAACAAGUGUCCACCACCGAGACUUCCUCCUCCACCGUCACCGCCGCUGGAUAAAGACAAGCUCAACCCCCCGACGCCGAGCAUCUACCUGGAGAAUAAAAGAGACGCGUUCUUCCCGCCGCUGCACCAGUUCUGCACCAAUCCAUCCAACCCUGUCACCGUCAUCCGCGGCCUGGCCGGAGCCCUCAAACUGGGUGAGAGCUCACACACACUCGCGCGCUCUCUCUCUCUCUCUCUCUCUCUCUCACUCACUCUCUCUCACUCACUCUCACUCACUCACUCUCACUCACUCUCUCUCUCUCUCUCUCUCUCUCUCUCUCUCUCUCUCUCUCACUCACUCACUCACUCACUCACUCACUCACUCACUCACUCACUCACUCUCACACACUCACACACUCACUCACUCUCUCACACACUCACUCACUCUCUCACACACACACACACAUUCUUUCUCUCUCUCAAUCACUCACUCACUCACUCACACA